AUGGGUAGACAUUUGAGCGCAGGUGGUAGGAAUCCCCGGCCUCCAGCCCAGGCCGCGCGCCCUCGACGGCCGGGCGCGCGGAGGCGCGGUCACCCGCAGAGACGCCCCAAGGGCGCGCGGAGCGGGCGGCUCUCGGUCUCCCCCCGCGCGGCCAUGAGCGCCCGCCGGGGCCCGCGCCUGCUGCGCGCGGCGCUCGCGCUCACACUCCAGCGCCUCCCGGCCCUUCCCGCGCGCGCAGAGGCUCGGGCCCUGGGCACCCCGACCCGGGCGGGCGCGAGUGGCCAGUCGGCGUCGGGGAGCAGCUCCGCGCCGCGCGCCGUGCGCCUCGGCUGCGCCUCCGCCUUCUGGGGAGACACUGCGGUCUCAGUUCCUCAGCUGCUGUAUGGAGAGACACUGGAUUAUUUGGUUUUUGAUUAUCUCUCAGAAAUAACUAUGUGCCUUCUAGCUGCUGCAAAAGAAAAAUCCCCUAACUUGGGCUAUAUUCCUGAUUUUGUCCAGACAGCCAUGGCUCCAUACAUAAAGGACAUUCACCGAAAAGGUGUGCGCGUGGUCGCCAAUGCCGGGGGCAUCAAUCCUAUCCAGUGUGCCGCUGCCCUCGACCAGGUAGCCAGGAAGGCUGGCGUUGACCUGAAAAUAGCUGUGGUCACUGGGGAUGACAUCAUGGCAGAGAAGGAGAAUCUGCAAAGAUCAGCUGUCACAGAUAUGGAGAGUGGGAAGAAAUUUCCAGAUACUAUUAAAAGCAUGAAUGCGUACCUGGGGGCAAGACCAAUCAGCCGUGCCCUGGGCCUCGGUGCUGACGUGGUUCUGACUGGCCGCUGCGUGGACAGUGCCCUGGUGCUGGGGCCGCUCAUUCAUGCUUUUGGUUGGAAAAGCGAUGACUUUGAUUUAUUAGCAGCUGGAAGCCUUGCUGGCCACCUCAUUGAAUGCGGUGCUCAGAGCACUGGUGGGAUCUUCACGGAUUGGCAUUUGGUGCCAGACUGGCACAACAUAGGAUUUCCUGUUCUGGAAUGUUUUCCUGAUGGACAGUUCAUCCUCUCCAAGCCUCCUGGCACAGGAGGAUUGGUAUCUUUUGGCACAGUGGCUGAACAGCUAUUGUAUGAAAUUGGGGACCCUCAGAAUUUCCUCUUACCUGAUGUAAACUGUGACUUUUCUCAAGUUACUAUUACUGAGAUUCCAGGUAUUGAAGGUGGAGCAGUGCGGGUUCAAGGAGCAAAGGGGUCUCUCCCUUCUUCCUUUUAUAAGGUAAGUUCUUGUUACCAUGAUGGUUUCAAAGCCACUGCUGUCUGUGUCCUGGGAGGGCCCAAAGCAACUGAAAAGGGAAGAAGAACAGCUGAAAGUAUUCUAAAAAGAACCCGUCUUAUGUUCAAAGAAGCUGGCUUGGAAGAUUAUAGUGAAGUUCAGGUUCAAAUUUUAGGAUCUGAAGAAACAUAUGGAGCACAAGCUAAAGCAAAUUUAAAUGAAGGUCCACGAGAAGUGGUCCUUUGGCUUUCAGUACAUCAUAGACAGAGGAAAGCAGUGGAACUUUUUUCUAAAGAAGUUGCACCAGCAGCGACUGGAAUGGCCCCUGGUCUGACAGCAGCAGUUGGAGGUCGUCCAAAAGUAUCUCCUGUUCUAAAACCAUUUUUCAUCUUAUAUCCGAAAAAGAAGGUUAAGAUUGAUAUCCACAUGAAUGGAGAACAUGUUGAAACCUUUCAUGAAGAUCUUACCUUCACAGCGGACACACUGGCCUCACCAGUCUUACCCAAGAUAGAAGAUGACCUAAAAGACCUGCCAGCGGGUUCCCUGACAUAUCGCCUAGAAGAUCUGGCCUACACGAGGAGCGGGGACAAAGGCAACUCCGCAAAUAUAGGUAUCAUAGCACGGCACCCUCUUUACUACCCAUACUUAAAAAAAUGCCUAACUGCUCAAGCUGUAGAAGAUUACUUCCAGCAUAUUCUGCAGAAAGAUCAACGGGCAGGGACCUCAGUAAUAAGAUAUGAAUUGCCAGGAACAUAUGCAUUGAACUUUGUUUUGAGAAAUUGCCUUGGUGGUGGAGGCACUGCCUCGCUGAGAAGUGACCCACAGGGUAAAGCACUAGGACAAAUGAUACUGGACUUCCAGAUAAAGAAUGUUCCUGAUUUAAAGUCAUUAAUAGGUGAAUAAGAGAGCUUUAACUUUGGAAAGAUUUACAGGUGCAAAGUUGAAUCCAGUAAAAAAUACUCACUAUAUACAGUAGAAAAUAUUCACUAUAAGUAAAUCUUUUAAAUGGGGCCACACAACUCACAAGUCUUUAUCUACCACUAGACAACAGUUUUGUUGUUGUUUUAAAUUGUAUCAAUUUUUAUGGCAGAGCAUUGGUUUAUAACUGUGAUUUUUAAUAUGUGUAUAGAACUGUAAACACCAAAGAGACAACAUGGGACAAAUAAGAACUCUAGUAGCUAUAUUCUGUAAGCAUUUGAAGAGAAUGUUGAUUUAUUUUUCUGUAAAGCAUAUUCCUUAAAAUCUUGAUAAACUGAUUUUUUAAAUAAUAUAUUAAAAUCAAGCUGGGCUAAUCUUGUCAUUUAUAUGAAGGAUAUGUUACUCUUCAUUUUAAAUGUCAUUUAAAUACUUUAGUACACAGAUUAAUUCAGGUUCAAAGAAACAGUUUUAUUACUUAUACAGUUAUAAUACAUUUAUAGUAUUCUCAUACUGAAUUUGGAAAAAUAGGAACUAUCAGAAUAUUUUUUCUUUCUCAGCUUGGAAAAUGAAUGAUACCAUCUCCUAAUAGUUGGAAUUCAAAUUAAGUUCAAGGUUUGCUAUAAAACUGUUUUUGCAUUUUUGUGCAGAAGACAUUUAGCCAAUGUCAAUUAACUAUAAAUACUUUCUGUUUCAUAGUAAAUUCUAUGAUUUUGUUGUGAUUUAAUAAAAAUGUGAUUAGAAUUAUACCAUAUUGCUCUGAUGAUCCUGAUUUUCCCUAAUAUGAUUCCCCAGUCAGCACCCACCUUACCCCUAAUUUAGAGAUUGACAUCGCUAAGAAGAGCUUAUUCUUGCUUAACAAUGAGGAGGGAAAAGGAUCAUGAUCCUGAAACAUGCCUGUAAAAUUUAUUAGAAAUAAAUGAUCUUAGUAGCAAUGGAAUUCAG